UCAUUCCCUCAAAAUCACUUCCUUUUAUCUACACACGAAACUUUCAUUUCAUUUCUUGAGCAAAACAUGAGGCCGUUGAUAUUUAACCUUCUCUUUCUCCUCAUCGCCAUCAUCCUCCCGGCCGCCGCCCAAAACUGGACGGCUGGUGGCGGCCGGGGAAUGAGAACAGUGCAAGAUGAAUACUUGAAGUGGAUAAGACAUAUGGGUUCUUUCAAGCACUCUCUUUUCCAAAACACUAAGAACAAGUUCAAGCCUUGUUUGACGUUGAAGGUUUCCAAGAACGCCAAGAAUGGUGGUUUCCGCUCGCUUCAGAAGGCAGUGAACUCUUUGCCGAUAAUCAACCGGUGUCGGGUCCGUAUCCAUGUUGCUGCUGGAAUCUACAGAGAGAAAGUUGAGAUUCCAGCGACGAUGAGUUACAUAUGGGUGGAAGGUGAAGGGGCGGAGAAGACAAUCAUUGAAUGGGGCGAUACGGCAGACCAUAUGGGAGAAAAUGGCCGUCCUAUGGGCACUUUUGCUUCUGCAACUUUUGCUGUUAAUUCUCCAUUCUUCAUUGCUACAAACAUCACCUUCAAGAACAAGGCGAGACUUCCACCAUCAGGAGCACUGGGAAAGCAAGCAGUGGCAUUCAGAAUAUCAGGAGAUGCAGCAGCAUUUAUAAGUUGUAGAUUCAUCGGUGCACAAGACACAUUAUACGAUCACAUGGGCCGACACUACUUUAAGGAUUGCUACAUUGAAGGGUCAGUGGACUUCGUGUUCGGUGAUGGCCUCUCCAUCUAUGAUAGUUGCCAUUUGCAUGCCAUCACCAACAGUUACGGUGCUCUCACUGCCCAAAAGAGGAAUAGCAUGCUCGAAGAAACUGGCUUCUCUUUCCUUCAUUGUAAGGUUUCUGGCUCAGGCGCCUUGUACUUGGGUAGGGCAUGGGGCAGCUUCUCCAGAGUUGUGUUUGCUUAUACAUUUAUGGAUAAAAUCAUCACUCCUACUGGUUGGUACAAUUGGGGAGACAAAAAUCGUGAAUUGACGGUGUUUUAUGGACAAUAUCGAUGCUCGGGACCAGGAGCUGAUUAUGGAGGAAGGGUUUCAUGGUCUAGAGAACUUACUCAGUCAGAAGCCAACCCAUUUCUUUCUCUUGAUUUUAUCAAUGCAAAGCAAUGGCUUCCAAAUUACCACACUCAUCUCUCCCAUAAACCACAUUGAUUUUGUCCUUUUCUCAUUUUAAAUGAUUCACUUUUUUCUUUAAAUUAUGUAUCAUGACCUCAAUAUUUUUUGACAAAACAAGUUCAAAUUUUUUUUUUCUGUCCAAAA